GAAUUGCCCGUAGUAGAUCAGGAAGCAUAUAAACUGCAGUCUUCAGCUUGACUCCCUAAACCCGACCCUUCCUGUGGCUUCUCAUCCGGCGCUUCCCACUCCAAACUCCUCAAGCCCACAUCCAAACCAUGCACCUCCUCAAGAUCGGCGCCCUCCUCGCCCUCGCGCAGACCCUCAGCGCCGCGGAGAUCAAGAUCCGAACGACCAACCCGCCGGCCAACUCGUACGUGUCGCACUGCUCAGUGAUCCUCGAGGACGAGCUGUUCGGCUGCAAGGGCUCGUCGAAGCCGUUCAAGAAGUCGUGCGGCCGCAACACGGGCGUCCAGACCAAGUCCAUCUGCGGCGACGCCUCGGUCACCGUGGACUGGUACAGCGCCGUGCUGACCUUCGAGAGCGCCGAUGGCCGCACCGCCAACUGCACGCUGAGCUCCACCGAGACCGAGGGCCACUGCAACACCGACGACCCGGACGCCUUCCCCGUGGAGCAUAACGGGGCCGGGCGGUUGUUGGGGCCGCGCACUGUGUUUUUGGGCGUGGCGCCUGUUGUUGCGGGGUUGUUGCUUUGAGUGAGGUGUCCAACCUGGGGUAUUGUUUUGGUGGAAUGCUAAGGUCUGUUUUUUUUUUCUGUUUGGGUGUGAGCGAGAGCUGAUAAGUGGAUUCAGCUAGGGGCUCUGUACAACGGCAACUGAAGCGUCUGCGGGAAAGUCAGGAAAUUCUCAUCAAGGACGGGACCAGAUGUGGAGUGUGACUCGAGCCACGACAGCACUACCAGCUUUGCUGCUUUGAGGGAUGCCCAGCGGGAUUUUAAUUUUUUAUAAUAUUUUUAUCGUGUACUGUACAUAGUCAUAAUGUUGAUAUCCAUUGGGGAAAACGGGAUCUACGGGUCAUUUCAGACGCAGGCCCGGUUUAGUGAAAAAGAUAUGCUUUAUUAAAAGAUCCCAUUAUAAUUCUUUAGAGAAGCACUUUUGAACUGUACAUCUAGUCAACGUCUCUCAGACGGGCCUCUAUCCUGG